AUGACGGCACAGUUACCUGCCUCCUCCCUCUUCCCUCUUCUGCUAGUCGGCGUCAUGUGCACGAAUCCCAAGCCCCCAGAGAAGGUGAAGAUGGAUUGCUACAAAGAUGUGAAAGGCACCAUCUACGAAUAUGACGCCCUCACUCUUAAUGGAAAGGAACACAUUCGGUUCAAGCAGUACGCGGGCAAGCACGUCCUUUUCGUCAACGUGGCCACCUACUGCGGUCUGACAGCUCAGUAUCCUGAACUGAACGCACUUCAGGACGAGCUGAAGCCCUGGGGCCUGGUCGUGCUGGGCUUUCCCUGCAACCAGUUUGGGACCAGGAACCAGGAACCAGGAGAGAACUCGGAGAUCCUUCCGGGGCUGAAGUAUGUGCGUCCAGGGAGAGGAUAUGUACCGAAUUUCCAGCUUUUUGAGAAAGGGGAUGUGAAUGGCAAAACAGAACAGAAAGUCUUCAGCUUCUUGAAGCUUUCCUGCCCUCACCCCUCUGAGGUGCUGGGCUCUUUCAGACACAUAUCCUGGGAGCCGGUAAAGGUCCACGACAUCCGCUGGAACUUUGAGAAGUUCCUGGUGGGGCCCAACGGGGUCCCUGUCAUGCGCUGGUUCCACCAGGCUCCCAUCAGCACCGUCAGAUCGGACAUCCUGGAGUACCUGAAGCAGCUAAAAACGAAAUAG